UUUGUCUUCCCUUUCUUCCUUUUUUCCCCUUUUUGCUUUUUUCCUCCAGCUGUGCUUCCUGUGUCUUCCGCAUUGAGUGUCCCUGCUGCCUUAGGGCAGCCUGAACCUAUCCUUCCCCCUCCUUGCUCUCUAGCACCCCAGCAAUGCCCUGUGGCAACCCCUAACCAGCCUUCUCCAUUCCUUUCUCCCUCUGCUAUUGCCUCAACCCCUUUUGAAGCUCUUUUUCCCCAGUCAUUCUCUGAAACAGCCCUGCCUUUGGGAGCUGCCCCUGACACACCAGCUUUCCUACCAAACCUAGUAGGACCUCCCAUCUCCCCAGCUGCCUUAGCUCUGGCCUCUCCCAUGAUAACUCCAACUUUGAAAGGUGCCCAUUGCUCUUCAGCUCCCUUGGCUCUUGUUGCCUUGGCUCCCCACUCAGUUCAGAAGAGCUCUGCAUAUCCCUCUAACCCUCUUAGUUCACCACCUACAGUUGCUAUGCCUGAGUCAGGGUCAGUGACAUCUCUGUCAGCUCCCAUUGCUUCCUCAGAACCAAAGGUCUCUCCUGUUCAAGCUUCCUCUCAAGUAGCCCCUAAUCCAAAAGGUACUCCCAUCCUUCCAGGUACAGUCAGUGCUGUUCCUUCCAAUCUCAUAACUCCCUUGGCCUCUGGUCAAUCUGGAGUUGCCUCAUGUGCCCAGAUACCACCUGUUACUCCCCUAGCCAUCACUUCCCCUCAGGUCGAAGGUACUCCUAUUUCCUCACCUCUGACUUCUCCACAAAACCCUCUAAGCCUCAGCCUAAAGGGACCCCUUAGUCCACCUGCUGCCUCAUCUCUUUCAACCCAGUCUGUUCCUGUGGCUCCCAAUGUCCCCCCAGUUUUCCUCACUUCUCCGGGCUCUCAUCUUGCACCUUUACAUCAGAGUUGUGUUGGUUCUGCUAUUCAACCUGUAGGUCAAACAGGCAUUAAUGUCCUGUCAGAUUCUAUAGUGAAUACCACUUCUGUAGAUCAUUCUUCCAUAGGGGCCUCUUACCCUUCUCAGCAAGCUGUAAUUCUUUCCCUUCCUUCCAGAAAUGAGGUGAUUCCUGAUGCUGUGGCCGCUUUUCCAGUAGAGGCUCCAGCUUCCCCUCUGGCUCUGUCUGUUGACAAAGGCCCCUCUACCAUCACUGACAUAGCUUCCUACAGCCCUUCUGGUUCCUCAAAUGCAGCUGUCUCUUUUCCCUUAUCUCCUACACCCUCUCUAAAUCUCAAAGGCUCUCCUAAUGCUUCUGUUCAGCAGCCUUUGGUGGCCCAGAUAUCUCCUGGUUCUCCAGGGAGUCCAGGCUCAAAAGAAGCUCCUGUUUCUUCUGUUGGAACCACCUCACUUGUGGUGAUUAAUCCCUCUACAAUUUCUGUAGUACCUCCUACUUUUGAGGUGGCUACUUGUGUGUCUCCUCCAAUUUCAUCUGGUCCCGUAAGUAGUAAGGACUCAGCUUCCUAUACUGCCUUGGCUAUGGCACCUGUGACUCCCAAAGAGCCUCCUACUCCUCAAGUAACAACCACUCUGGGGAUACCAGUCUCUCCUCUUCCAGUGCCCAAGGAUCCCAAAAGUCUCUCUGCUUCACUAUUGGUAAAGUCCCCAACACAAAAAGAUCUCCAAACUGUACCUGCCUCUCCUGUGGGAGCCCCUACUUCACCAACCCAGGUAGGACUCCCUACCAAGAAAGACCCUACUCUGUUACCAUUGUCCUUGGCAGGCCCUAAAAAUCCCCCCUCUCUGCAAAGUGUAUCAUCUUCUCUGGAGGUAUCUCUUCUUCCUGAAGCCAUUUUAGCAAAGAAAAGCCUUGUAGAGCCUCUGCCUGUAGAUAAGCCAGCCUGUACCUCCACUCCUCUGGGUGUUAUUUCCCCAACCCCUAUAAUCAAGACAGAUCCGUAUGCAAGCCCAGACCCCUCUACUCUGCUUCUCAAAAGUUCUCUCACUACCCCAGUUGUAGCUACAUUUCCUUUGGAACAUGCUGCCACUUCUGGGGCGGUUCCUACAACUGCCAAAGGAACCUCCACUCCUACAACUACAGCCAGCCCUUUUCUAGAAGGAGCUAUCUCUUUAGCUCCUAAAGGCCACCCAACCAAAAAGGGUACUUCAACUCUUACUACUUCACCGUUGGUUCCUCCCACGUCUGAAGGUUGUCUGGCGGCUCCAGCUGUGACUGUAUCCCCACAAAAUGUUUCUGCUUCUCCAGCUACCUUGGCACUGGCUUCUGCGAUUUCCAAGUCCGAGCCCUUUCCCUCUCUUCCCCCACCUGCUGGUGCAAAGAAAGUUCAUGGUAUUUCUCAUACCUCCACAUUGGCACCUGUGGCUUCCUCUCCUGAAGGGUACCCAACUGAGGACUCUCGUGUUUCUGUUACUGCAUCUUCGAAAGGAACUUACCUUGCUGACUCUUCAUCUCCUUUAGGGACUAGUGUGUCUCCUCAGACUAAAAGAUCUCCAACCAAGAAGGAUUCAGCUACUCCUACUACUACCAUAACUGUUGCUUCGGUUUCUAAAAAUAUACCUGCUAUCCCUGAUGCUCCUGCUGGAAAUCUCUCAUUCCCUGUUUCUCCAAUUGAAGCUUCAGUUCUUCCAGAGGCUGAUCUUUCUUUUCAAGUCCCGAAAGGUUCACUGGCCAAGAAGCAUUGCCCCACUCCUCCAUCCCCCAAAGAGACUCCCACUUCCCCAGCUCUGGCUUCUCCCUACAAACAGGGGCCAGCAACUCCAUUCCCUAAAGAGACCCCCACUUCUCCAGCUAUGACUCCUUCCCCCAAAGGAGCCCCAGCAGUACCAUUCCCUAAAGAGUCCCCAGCUACCACACCUCCCAAAGGGGCCUCUACUCCCUCAGCUGUGGCUCCUCCGUCCCCAAAAGUAGCUCCAGCAACCUCAUCCCCUAAAGAGACCCCCAAACUUCCAGCUAUGACUCCCUCCCCCAAAGAGGCCCCAGCAACUCUAUGCCUCAAAGGAGCCUCCACUCCUCCUGCUGUGGUGCUUCCUUUCUCCAAAGCAGCCUCAACAUCUUCAUCCCCCAAAAAGUCCCCAGCUGCCCCACCCACCAAAGGAGCCUCAGCCACUCCAUCUCCCAAAGUGGACCCCACUCCUUCAGCUGUGACUCCUUCCUCUCCCAAAGGAACCCCAGCAACCCCGGCCCCCAAAGAAACCCCUAAACCACUAACUAUGGCUCCCUCCCUCAAAGGAGACCCCACUCCCCCAGCUGUAGCUCUUUCCCCUAAAGGAGUCUCAGCAACUUCACCCCCCAAAGAGUCUCCGGCUGCCAUACCCACUAAAGGGGCCUCCACUCGCCCAGCUAUGGCUCUUUCUCCCAAAGAGGCCUCAGCAACUCCAUCUCCCAAAAGAGCCCCGGCAAUUCUGUCCCCCAAAGGGGCCUCUACUCCCUCAGCUGUGACUCCUUCCUCCCCCAAAGGGACCCCAGCAACUCUGUCCUUCAAAGGAAUCCCCACUCCCUCAGGUGUGGCUCUUCCUUCCAUCAAAGGAGCCUCAGCAACUUUGUCCCCCAAAGAGUCUCCAGCUACCCCACCUGCUAAAGGUGCCUCUACUCCCCCAGCUAUGGCUCCUUCCUCCCCUAAAGGAGCCCCAGCAACCCCAUCCCCCAAAGGGGCCCACACUCCCUCAGCUAUAGCUCCUCCCUCUUCCAGAGAAUCCCCAGAAACUCCAGCCCUUGAAAGAGCACCAGCUAGCACAUCUCCCAAAAAAGCCCCCACUCCCUCAUCUGUGAAUGCUCCUUCCCCCAAAGAGUCCCCAGCAACUCCAUCCCCCAAAAGAGCCCCAGGAACCUCAUCCUCAAAAGGGGUCCCUACUCCUUCAGCUGUGGUUCCUCCCUCCCCCAAAGAGUCUCCAGCCUCAGAAACUCCAUCCCCCAAAAAGCUCUCAGCUACCCAAGCCCCCAGAGGGGGCCCAGCAACCCCAGCCUCCAAAGAGGCCCCUAUUUCCUCAGUUUCAGUCACAUGUCCCUUAGGGUCCAUUGUCCCUCAGGCAUCUAAAGGGCCCUCCAUAAAGAAAGGCUCCACAGCUCUCAAAGCAGAACUUGUUGCCCCAACUUCAGAAAGUGUACCAGUUGUCACAGCUCCCACUCAGAAAGGCUCACCAGCCAAGAAGAGUUCACUUUCUGUGUGCCCAAAUCCUUCAGCUAAGAAUGGUACUGAAGGACCCCUUUCUCCAGUAGCUCUUGCCCCUCUUCUGGCAGUCUCUGCUCAGAAAGGCACUUCUCCAAAAGCUCCAAAAGCCCUCCCUAUUUCUGCCUUAAAAGGCAAAGAUUCUUUUCAUUCUCCAAAGGGUCCCAUGGCUCCUCCUGAGUCUGAGACAUCUACCCCUCUAGCAGCAGCUGCCUCUGAGAAGGUCCUUCCUAAAGCUGGAUCAGCAUCUCUCUCUCCAGCACCCACCCCAUCAGUCUCUCUGCCUCUUGCUCCCUCCCCAGUUCCCCCUCUGCUUCCUAAACAGCAACCUCUGCCGUCCUCACCUGGGCUGGUGCUGGAAUCACCCUGUAAACCCACAGCCCCUGCUGAUGAGGAUGAGCUGCCACCUCUGAUUCCCCCGGAACCAAUCUCGGGGGGAGUGCCUUUCCAGUCGGUUCUCAUCAACAUGCCCACCCCCAAACCUGCUGGGAUCCCUGCCCCAGCCCCCUCUGCCAAGCAGCCUGUUCUGAAGAACAACAAGGGUAUUUGACUUGGUUUGCCGUGUGCAUGGUGUGUCGCCCACACCCCUCUUGGGGGCUACCCACCAGUACUAACCCUAGGAUGCGCCGCUUUCUCCAGAUAUAUCUGCUUGUGUUUGGACAUAGAACAUAGAAUUAUAAUUUUAAAUGCAAAAGCUCUAGGAAUGUGAAACAGUCUUGGUUUUCAUCACCUUACAUAGUCCAUUGUGUAUCUUGUGUAAUGGGAUCUAGUCUUGAGUUCGCCAUCUUUUUUGCCUAACUGAUCUGACAUUGGAAACCAAGACCUCCUAGACCUUUAAUUUGCUCUAAUUUCUACCACAUCACUAACCUACCUUGUGCCUGGGCCUGGGAUUUGCUAAAAUAGUGGGAAACGAGUAUUGAAACUUUGAAUUUCUUUUCACUUCUUAGACUUAGUAAUGACCAGUGCCCAGGGACUUCCUAUUUUCCUAGCCUGAGAAUGGUGCAGGUGUAUGCUUUUUUUCCCUCCUCAGUAGUCUAUUGAUGCUUGGCCUUCAAUUGAGGAAAACUUAAAAUAUGUGAAUUAUGUUUGAAAGAAAUGAGCGAGGUCACAAGACAAUAAGUAGUAGAGGUGACUAUAGGUCGGCUUCAUUGAAAAUCUUUAAGCUGUAUUGAUUAGAUCAAAUUGCUAGGGUGAGUGAUUUGAAAAUAAGGCUGAAUGUGUGUACACAACUGCUUCUGGCCUCCCCCAACCCAAUUUAAAAGAUAAAGGGAAAGUGCCCUCCUUGGUCUGCCUCCACAAUGUGAUCUUAUUUUUCACUUCAGUGUUAUCUGCAAACACCUCAUCUGCCAGAACCUUUCUGAGAUGGUUGGGCUGUUGGGUAGGAUUUGGAGUUACAUAGAUCAUUGCUGUUUGCCAAGAAGGGAAAGAAGCAUUAUAGUGUAUAAACUGUUCGGCUGUAUCUAGUAAUUACCUCUCAUUUCUGGGGCUGGCUCUUUAAUAGAUGUGUACACACUAGUUUAUGAUUAAGUGGCGGGGGGGGCUGUCAAGUGAAUUCAUACAAGUCAGUUGAUUUACAUUUACAUUUAACUUUGCAAGAUCUAGCAUCAGCGAGUGUGACCUCUAAUCCAGGCAGGCCAUGGUGAAAUACCUCCUUUUUAUAAUUUCUACUAUAAAAUAGUAAAAGUUAUUUGUCA